CGCAGCCCUAGCGGGUCGCGCCGUAGGGGGGUGGAGGCGGAAGUGGCGGCACCGGCCCCGGGAGUAGGAAGGAGCCGGGGCUGCAGCCGGAGUGGAGCGGCUGCCAGCCGAGAAGCAGGCGCGGCCGCGGCGCCAUAUUGCGGCCCCAAGCGGCCGCGACCAAGUCAUGGCCGAGACCUACGACUUCCUCUUCAAAUUCCUGGUGAUUGGCAGCGCAGGAACUGGCAAAUCAUGUCUCCUUCAUCAGUUCAUUGAGAAUAAGUUCAAACAGGACUCCAACCACACAAUCGGCGUGGAGUUUGGAUCUCGGGUGGUCAACGUGGGUGGGAAGACUGUGAAGCUCCAGAUUUGGGACACAGCCGGCCAGGAGCGGUUUCGGUCGGUGACGCGGAGUUACUACCGAGGCGCGGCUGGAGCCCUGCUGGUGUAUGACAUCACCAGCCGGGAGACCUACAACUCGCUGGCCGCCUGGCUGACGGAUGCCCGCACGCUGGCCAGCCCCAACAUUGUGGUCAUCCUCUGUGGCAAUAAGAAGGACCUGGACCCGGAGCGUGAGGUCACUUUCCUGGAGGCCUCCCGCUUUGCCCAGGAGAAUGAGCUAAUGUUCCUGGAGACUAGCGCCCUCACCGGUGAGAACGUGGAGGAGGCUUUCCUGAAGUGUGCCCGCACCAUCCUGAACAAGAUCGACUCAGGUGAGCUCGACCCCGAGAGGAUGGGCUCAGGCAUUCAGUACGGGGACGCGUCCCUCCGCCAACUGCGGCAGCCUCGGAGUGCCCAGGCCGUGGCCCCUCAGCCCUGUGGCUGCUGAGACAUCCAGAGCCAGCUCACCUGUUCUCCAGGACCAGCCCUGGCUGGGGCCCAGUCCCAGGCCCUGGGAGGCGGAGCCCCUCACCUGUCCUGGCCCCAGAGAAGCUGCCCCGCCACCUGUCCCCCUUCCCUGGCCUGGUGGGGCCUGGCUGAGGGGCAAGACUGAGCCACGGGGGAAGGGGGAAUCUGUACCUGCUGCUGCUUCCUCUGUCUUGGCUAACCCCUGGCCCCCCUGAACCCCUAACCAUACUCUAAGAGUUCCUAAAGCCUGAGACCAGGGCAUUUGGCCCCAGUUCCCCGCCUGGCCCCACCGUUGCGAGUACGUGUUAUUUAUUGCCUGGAGGCCUGUCCAGUCCCUACUCCACCUCCAUAAAGCAUUGUUUACACCUGUG